ACUCUGGUGCACUGCUGGCAAUUAUCAACCUCCUCCACACCUAGGAGACGCGACUCGAAUUCGGUGUUCGUACCUCGGCAGACGCGAGGAUGGAUGGAAAUGUAUAUAGACUGGCAGAUUUGUGAUGAAAGCAGCAUACAGCAUCAUACUACCUACCAAUCGUUCUUCAGCAUCUUCAAUUUCCUUGCUUGGGCGCGUUUGACUAACGUUUACUUGCGAAGGCAGGGGUUCGUACGAGUUACUAUUAGUGCACUGAAAGAGGAGCGGAUGGCUCGUCUCAGCAAGGCUGUGAUCCUCCUGGCGCUUCUCGCCCUUGUCGCAGGCCUCGGGCUGGGCCCUGGCGCCGCUCUGGGAACGCUCUACGGCCACGUGGAGGCUGUUCUGACUGGCAGCGGCAACAUCACUGGACGCAUGCAAGUUGUGGUCUUCAAGAACAACACGGACUACAACGUCCGUUACGUGCUGAGGAUCGGCGGGCUGCCGACCCCGGGUCUUCCUACCGCUGCUGCAGUCCUGAACAACGGCAACACUAUCCUGAAUUUCCCAGGUGCCACGUGGACCAACACCACUGGCCAGCAGCCCUACGGCUUUGGCUGGGUGAGGCGCAACCGUGCGUGGGUCCGCGGUGUGUGCUUCCGCUACAACGCGACUGCGGUUUACUACAACGCAAACACAAAGACCACGGAUGGCGGCAAGACGAUUGGAUCUAUAGCUGUGGCUAUGGUUGCCGCUCCUGCAGCAUAUACUGGCCGCGUCUCUGCUCCUGGUGGCGCUGCUACUGGCACGUUCCACACUCGGCGUUAGAUAAAUGGAACGCUAGUGGUGCCCAUGACGAGCUGCAGGCGUCGGAGGAAAUUUUGCUAUAAGCUUCGCACCUUUUUGCCAGAGUCAGAUGGAAAGUCAGGAGUGGGUGCGAAGUGAAACUUAUUGCGAGAGUUGCGUGAUGGCUUGAAAUUGGAAGAAGUGCUGGUUGAGAUAUUUGUGUAUUUAGGCUUUCAAGAGCAACUUUAC